AUGAUCUGCAGCAGUUGUCAAAAUAUCAAGAACCUCCGUGACCUCCAGAUAUGUGAAACAACGCUGCGCAAGCUUGGCCUCCCCGCGCUCGAUCUGAAGAAAGAUGAGCUGAUGAAACAUGUACUCUGCCAAGGUUGCCUCGCCAAACACCCAUGGAAUUGCCAGGGACAUAUGCACUUUCUAGUAUACAGGCGGCAAAACUCACAGGCCCAAGUGGCGGAUCUGUUGAGCUAUUAUAAACGAUUUGAGCACGACGCCCGAAGGUACUAUAAUACCGCAGUGGCUUGCUGCCAGCACCUAAAAGACGACAUCAAUAACACCGAUCAUGUCCAAGAUCCGGCGGAAAUGAACACAUUACUUGACCACACCGAGAAUCGAAUAAUCUCCCUAUUCACCUAUUUUGAACAACUCGUAGCGACCGGAAAUGGCUUAGAACAGUUGAAGAAGGAGCUCCAAGAGAAGCAACCUAGCACAUCUACAGCAGAAGCCACCUCUUCGCUAAGCCGGUCAGAAUCAAAAGAAUGGGACGAGCGGAGCGUCGGCUCAUUCGAAGCCCCACCACGAUAUGUCCAAGCAGAAUCGCCGCCACGUCCGAACAAAUCAUCAAAUCGACCGCCACUUGAUGAUGACUGGUACAACCCGAACGUGCCGACGUACGCGACCAGCUUGGCCGCGGGCGUCAGGCACCUGCAGCUGGGUCCAAGAACAACUCCGCCGCCAAUCCAGCCGCCAUACAACAAUCCAAACUAUUUCCCCAGUUCCAAUGAACUGACAGCGCUCGGUGCGACGCCAGAUGAGGUGUUAUAUACUCAACCACAAAACAUCAGCUACGAUUAUAUGGGCGCGGAUUAUCAUAUCGAAAAUGCGGUGCGAAAACGAUGGCAUGUCAAGUUAUGGGGCCUCUGCGCCGUCGACCAGGAGAUCUCGUUCCGGAUCGAGAACAAAAGCGAGACGCCAAUGCUCAUCCGGUUCGAGCAGUGGACGGCCGGGAUGGUGAUACGCUUCCGCGGCAGCGACAGCUACCAGGAGCGCAGAGAAUUUAGACGAGCAUUCGAGCUGAACUCCCGGGAAUCGGAAAUGGUGAAAGUGAUAAUGACGCCCCGAGUCCGGGCGAGCAUGGACGAAUUCGGAGGCCAGCCACCAUCGUUCCGAUUCCAUGGAAUCGGGCAGCUAAUGGAUAGAAAAUAUAACUUUGUGGCGCGGACGAUCAGUUGCCCGCUCGAGGACGGCAAGUGGAAACCGAUCGAGAUU